AUGAACCAUAAUCUUGUAUUGGGAUGCUUGGUUUCGAUCAUUAUCUUUCAUGUUCUGCAAACAGGAAAGGGUGAUGAAACGGAGGAAUCUCAGCCGAAGAAACACAUUUCGACGGAUCAGAUUCUCAUGUUUUCCGGCUAUUUCCUGUUAGCUAUGGCUGUUCUUCUCGGAAUUUGUCUCUGGCUGUGCAGAAAUGGCAGGAAAAAUCAAUCCGAAUCUCACGACGUUAACAAAAAAGUUGCAGCCGUGGAAGACAGUGAUUUCAGUACUGAUGCCAUGUCAGCAUCAACUGAUUUCAUAAAAACAUCGUCGAAGAACAUGCCGGAAACAUCAUCGGAAUUUUCGUCGGAGAUGGCGGCUGCGCCGUCGCACGCGCUGGUGGUGCUGACGAGUCCGGAGGUGAACGGGCUGAGAUUUGAGGAUCUGCUGAAAUCGCCGGCGGAGUUGAUUGGGAGAGGAAAAGGCGGGAGUUCAUACAAGGUUAUGUGUGAGAAUCCUAGGAUGAUCUUGGCCGUCAAAAGGAUUAAGGAUUGGGAGAUAUCGAGCCGUGAUUUCAAGACCAGAAUGCAGAGAUUGGACCGGGCUAAACACCGGAGUGUCUUGUCGGCCAUGGCCUUCUAUUCUUCCAGCCAAGAAAAGCUUUUAGUCUUUGAAUAUCAGAAUAAUGGCAGCCUCCUAAGACGCCUACAAGCAACCCAAACCGGGGAAUCAUUCGAGUGGAUGAGCAGGCUCAACACCGCAGCCACCAUAGCCGAAUCCAUGUCGUUCAUGCACGGCGAUCUCAAAAACGAAACUAUCCCACACGGAAACCUCAAAUCCUCCAACAUCCUGCUCACGCAAGCCAUGGAGCCACGCAUAAGCGAGUACGGCUUAAAGCCCGCCGCAGAAAACGCAGACUUCACACAAGACGUGUACGCCUUCGGGGUCAUUCUUCUGGAGCUACUCACCGGGAAACUGCCGGCGAAGAACAAUAAUAGCACUGAAAUAAUGGAUCUGGCGAGUUGGGUUGUUUCGGUGCUGAGAGAAGAGUGGACGGUUGAGGUUUUUGACACGGCGUUGAUCAGAGAAGGGGCUGAUGAGGAGCGGAUGGUUAAUCUUUUGCAGGUCGCUGUGAGUUGCGUUAACCGUUCGCCGGCGGCCAGGCCGGCCAUGAACCAAGUUGCGGCGAUGAUUAAUGGUAUAAGAGAGGAGGAGGAGAGGUCUAUGGAUGUAUCUCGUGUUAGUGUGAUUAGUAGUCGGUAGAGACCAGAGAUCGAGUUUUUUCAGCAGUAAGCUAAGGAAAAUGCUAGCUUAGCUUGUUGAUUAUAUGUAGUAUAAUUUGUUCCAUAGUUAUAUAUGGAUUAAGCAUAUUUGAAUAAGGUUUGGAGUGGUCAAGCAAGACUAAUUUAUCUCACUGUACUUUUUUAUGGACUAGGAUUGCAAUGUGAGUUUCAUCAAAAACAACGAAAGCUCAUAUACAUCCAGAUAACGAUUGGAUACAUGGAUGACCGACGCGACAUCAUCAACUGUUAGGUAUUUAGUACCUUUUUGACAUGUAAAUUCUAUUCAAUAAUAAGUAUUUAUGUAUAAUUAUAAAGAGGAUUGAAUAGUUGUUAUGAUGUGUUACGUUUUUUCUAUA